CAGCCGGCCACAUAUGCUAUGGGCAUAUAUUUUUCCUAUUUAUUUUCUGGUUUAUAAAUAUGGCAGCGACAUGCAGAUUGCGAGCCUUGAGAAAGACGAGCCUGACUUUGUAUGUACUUUGUUACAUGAUAUCGACAACAUAUAUAUUUGGUGAAUGAUUAGGACGACGUACUCCAGAGGUCUUUAUUGCCCUUAACCAAGUCUAAAUGUGGCUGGGUGCAUGCUUUGCUUCGUUUUAAGUACGAAGGCAUAAUUGAGAUCCCUCGGCAGCAGUUGUAUUGCAGAUACAAAUAUGGAAGAGAGCUUGUUAACAUUACCAAAAGAAGUAAAAGAUCCAAGAAAAUUUAGUAGUACUAGUUUGACAUGGGCUUAUUUCUUUGAAGAAGUGAAGAGGCAAUGUUACACAGCAGGACCUAUGGUUGCCGUGAUUCUAUCCCAGAACUUGUUGCGUGUGGUUUCGAUGAUGAUGGUUGGUCACUUGGGUGAGCUUGCUCUCUCUAGCACCUCCAUUGCCAUCUCCCUCUCUGGAGUCACCGGCUUUAGUCUUUUUAUAGGAAUGGCCAGUGCACUGGAAACAAUAUGUGGGCAAGCGUAUGGAGCUAAGCAGUAUCAGAAACUUGGACUCCAAACUUACACUGCUAUAGUUUCUCUCAACUUAAUUUGUCUUCCUUUAUCUUUGUUAUGGAUAUAUAUGGAGGACUUGCUGAUUUUCAUGGGUCAAGAUCCUCUCAUUUCUCGCGAAGCUGGCAAAUUCACAAUUUGGCUCAUUCCCGCUCUAUUUGCUUAUGCAACUCUUCAACCACUCAUCAGAUACUUUCAGACACAAAGUUUGAUGACUCCUAUGCUCCUAAGCUCUUGCGCUACCCUUUUGUUCCAUAUUCCUCUUUGUUGGGUUCUAGUAUUCAAGUCUGGACUGGAUGUCCUUGGAGGGGCAUUAGCAAUAAGUGUCUCAUAUUGGUUGAAUGUGAUUUUACUUGGAUUGUACAUGAAGUUUUCUUCUGCUUGUUCACAAACCAGAGCUCCAGUUUCUAAGGAAGUAUUCCAUGGAAUGAGAGAGUUCUUUUACCUUGCCAUCCCUUCUUCAGUAAUGAUAUGCAUUGAGUGGUGGUCAUUUGAGCUGCUUAUUUUGCUUUCUGGGCUUCUACCAAAUCCAGCUCUUGAAACUUCGGUUUUGUCUGUGUGUCUCCAGACCAUUUCAACACUCUAUGCAAUACCUUAUGGGUUUGGUGCUGCAGCGAGUACCAGAGUUGCAAAUGAACUGGGAGCUGGUAACUCAGAAUGUGCUCGUAUAGCCGCGCAUGUUGCAUUGUUUCUUGCAGUCACAGAGACAAGCAUAGAAACAACAACCCUCUUUGCCUUCCGGCGUUCUUUUGGUUACACAUUUACCAAUGAGAAACAAGUCGUCGAUUACGUCACAUCAAUGGCACCUCUAGUGUGUCUGUCUCUUGUACUAGACAGCUUGCAAGGGGUCCUUACAGGUAUUGCUAGAGGAUGUGGGUGGCAGCAUAUAGGGGCUUACAUAAAUCUUGGAGCAUUUUAUCUUUGUGGAAUUCCAGUUGCUGCUAUAUUGGCUUUCUGGUUAGAGCUGAGAGGAAGAGGCCUUUGGAUUGGAAUUCAAGUUGGUUCUUUGGUGCAGACCAUAACGCUUUCUUUUGUAACUAGUAGUACAAAUUGGGAAAUGCAGGUAUGGUUUAUAUCCUCAACUGUUAAUGUUGGAAAUGGUUGGACUGUGAAACUGAAAUGAUCUUUAUGUUGGGAUUUGAUUUUGCAGGCAAGGAAGGCAAGGGAGAUGGUAUUCCAGGGAGGCUCAUCAGAAGAUAUUGGAUAGUGCCAUUGAUUGAUACAUGCAGUCCAAAAAGUUGUUCAGAGAUUGAUUCAGCAUUAGUGCUGGGAGAGACACUUGAGCUCAACUUGCAACCGCUCGAUAAUGCUUAUUGGCAAUGAACUUCAUUAUAAGAAUGAGAGUACAGGAUGAGCUGAUGACAAUCACAAAAACAAAAUUAGUACGGACAUGAUUAUGAAUUUAUGAUAGGACGUCCAAAUGUGUCAUCUUCACUUAGGAACCUAUUAUAAGAAUUGAUAUCGAUUUAUCCAACAGUUUGGUUUAUCCUUCUAGUUGGACUGCCCUUUGAUCAGUUCAAAAUUGAUAAAUGGUUACUAGA